CAGCGUCUCGCCCGCUCUCGGCAUCCCGCCCGCACUUCUGCCCGUGGCGGGGCGGUGUCUGCGGAAGCUCCCUGGGUCUGGCCCGGUCGGCCCGAGCCGCGCUGAGACCCGGGCGCCCGCGGCGCGGAGUGGAGGCCGGAGCCCGGCCAGCGACCAGCCAUGGAGACCCGCUACAACCUGAAGAGUCCGGUUUUUAAUGGCCCUGCCUAAUUUAUAGAAGUAGCCCAAACAAUCCCAGUCUCAAAGUCUUCUCCGGUGCAUUAUGAAGAUGUAAGGAAAGCACUCAGCUCUCUUAGAUUAAGCUGUUAAACGUUUAAUGAAAGAAGCAGCAGAACUGAAAGAUCCAACAGAUCAUUACCAUGCGCAGCCUUUAGAGGAUAACCUAUUUGAAUGGCACUUCACAGUGAGAGGGCCGCCAGAUUCUGAUUUUGAUGGAGGAGUUUAUCAUGGACGAAUAGUACUCCCACCAGAGUACCCCAUGAAACCACCGAGCAUUAUUCUUCUGACGGCUAAUGGACGAUUUGAAGUAGGCAAGAAAAUCUGUUUGAGCAUCUCAGGACAUCAUCCUGAAACUUGGCAGCCUUCAUGGAGUAUAAGAACAGCGUUAUUAGCCAUCAUUGGGUUUAUGCCAACAAAAGGAGAGGGAGCCAUAGGUUCUCUAGAUUACACACCUGAGGAACGAAGAGCACUUGCCAAAAAAUCCCAAGAUUUCUGUUGUGAUGGAUGUGGCUGCACCAUGAAGGAUGUCCUGUUGCCUUUAAAAUCUGGAAGCGAUUCAAGCAAGGCCGACCAAGAAGCCAAGGAAUUGGCUAGACAAAUCAGUUUUAAGGCAGAAGUCAAUUCAUCUGGAAAGACUAUUGCUGAGUCAGAUUUAAACCACCCUUUUUCACUAAAUGAUUUACAAGACAGUGUACCUACAACAUUCCAGGGUGCUGCAGCCAGUACAUCGUAUGAAGUCCAGAACCCCUCAGAAGCAUCUCUUCAACAGCCUGUCCAACCUGUCGCUAAGAGUACCUCCAUGAGUCCUCGACAGCGCAGGGCCCAGCAGCAGAGUCAGAGGAGGCCGUCUGCUUCACCGGACGUAAUCCAGGGCCAGCAGCCUAGAGACAACCACACUGAUCAUGGUGGAUCUGCCGUGUUGAUUGUCAUCUUGACCUUGGCAUUGGCAGCUCUUAUAUUCCGACGAAUAUAUCUGGCCAAUGAGUACGUAUUUGACUUUGAGUUAUAAUACUGGUUUCUGUCUUAAGAGCUGUGACUCAACUGCUUCAUUAAACAUUCUGCAUUGGGUAUAAUCUAAGAAUUGUUUACAAAAAUUAUUUUGUAUUACCUUUCAUUCCUUUUUUGAUCCUUAUAAAUUCAAUAUAAAUGUAGCUAGACAUUCAGACUGUGUCCUGCUCAGUUUAAGGGACUAGAAGUCAAGUCCUUUGUCUCACUAUAUGACCUGCUUUAUAGGGAAAUAAUUUGUUAUUUCUCUUAUCUCAGCUUCUUUUUAUGUAAAUUUGUGAUAGUUUUCUGUAUAGCCCUUUGAAAUUUUUGGAUAAAAGAUAGUGUUUGAAGUUCCAUCGAGUAUUAGUAGUUACUCAGUGUCAUUCGUUGAGUACUCUGUUUCUACUUACGCAGAAUGAUUGAGGGAUGAGAGCUGAAAGGGCAGAGUAAAACCCCUCCAAUAGCUUACUUACAAGGUCAUUCAUAUUGGGAUCACCCAUUCUGUGACAAACUUUAUGUCCUGAACAUUUUUCAAUGGAAGUUACUAUGUCAAACAUUUAUGAGGAAAUGCAGUUACGUCUUUGUUAUUGGAUAUUACUUGAAGAGGGAAUAAUGCUUUGUAACCACUUUGAUGUACUUUUCCCAUUCUCCCCAGUGAGCACAUCAGAUUGAAAAAGAAAGCAAUCCUCCAUACAUCUGUGUUUUAAGGAAGGAAGGGUCCAAGCCAGAAAUCACUUAAUUUUAGCCCAGAAGUUAAGUGGGAGUAUCUUAAGAUUUGAAUGGUCUGCUUUGAAUUGUAUAUCUUUUGAGAUGUAUAUAUGCCUACCUUUGUAAUCACCAUAAAUUUAAUUAUUCUGAAAUAUGCGUCAUGUUGAACUGUUUCACGAACCAUAUUAAUAGAAAAGCUCAGGGCCCAAACAACAAUGAUAGAAAUUAGAAAAAAAUUUACUUGGAAUUGCCCACCUAAUCAAAGCCCUAGAAAUAAUUUUCAGUGCAAAAUCAGUAUAUAAUAUAGUGCAAGCUAGCCCCAUAUCCUCUGGUAGAUAAUUUUACCAUCAUAAUGCUGAGUGAGAACAUAUAAUCACAGAAAAACAUUGCCUUCAGCAUGUUUACUGGCAACAUGGGAGGCACUCUUUGAGUGUUGUAAGUGCAGACUUAAUUUUUAUAUAAACACAGGUAGUCCCCAGCUUCCAAAUAGGUUAUGCUGUCAAAGUACAUUGGUAAGUUAAUUUUUUUACACAUCAUUGUAAAUGGUUUUUAGGCUCUAGACCAGUCCAUAAAAGUUGGUCCAUAAUGUAUCGAGUAAUUUGGGAGAUGGUAUCCAUAAAGUCCUUAUGUGUUUAACUAACUGACAUUAUGGACAAGCUAGACGUAAAGCAAUUUAAAGGCAUGUGCGGUAUGCACUCCUGCAGGGGACUUGGGCGCUGGUGGCCGCCAGACGCAGUUCCCGAGCCCAGAGCCACUUUCUUUUGUGUCUAAAAGAACAGCAUACUGUAUGCUAUGGUAUAAUACGUCAUUGUUUUCAAUUUUAAUAAAUGAACAUUUUAAAAGUGUUUACAGAUUGUUUCUGUUGUAUCUACAGCUGUAGUUGGUAAAGUCUAAAAAGCCCAAGGACUUGAUGAAGACCUCAUAUGUCAGGAAAACAAUAAGUUACCAUUUUAUAACUUUAUUGCCAUGAGGAAAUGCAUUCUGAAGUCUUGGUUUACAACACAAGAUACUAAAUAUUGGUUCAGUCAUCACUGGUCUCCAAACCAGGGCCACUGACCCUGGAAGGCCAGGCAGUAUUACUAUGGAGAAGGAAAUCCCCGUGCUCUCAGCGCACGUGGAGAUGGACCUUGUGCUAGGAAUGGUCCCCCUCCACUUCCUCUCAGUCACACCUGAGCUGGCCUCUGGAUCUGCGUGAUCUUGUUGCGUGUUUCCAUGGGAUGUACUUUCACUUCCAAGUCGACUAAGCCGAGAAGGUGUUGCAUUGUGCGGGACCUCUUCUAUCUGGUUAGCUUCUCUUCCCUCACUUGUCACCUGACAGGCCACUUCCUUGUUUAUGUUGGGGUUUAUUUUUCCACAUCCGAUGCACAUAUUUGAAAGUGGCAUCUUUAAUACUGCUUCCCUUUCAGCUCUAACAUAUUACUUAAAAAUCCUGAAGUGGUCCGUCUGCACCCCAUUGUGGAGUUCCUGAGCAAAAUUGACCUUCGGAGCCAUUCAUACUCAAACCCCACCUGAUGGGCCUCUUCAUAAAACUAUUAUUUUUUAAAGCCCCUUUUAACCCACUAUUUACAGCAUAUGGUCAAAACUGGAGGUGUGAUUUGGCAGGUAAAGACUUAGGACUCAUUCUUUCCCCAGGCCUCAGAUUAAGGUAGCUCAGUGACUCUUUCUUUGGCCAACAUAGUGCCUGCCUACCUACCCAGGUAGUUAAAAUAGCAUGCUUGAAAAGGUAUAUAAUGUCUGUUUCACCUGGUAAGUGUUCAAGCAAAUGAAACCUUUCCAGUUUUAUGUGUUGUGGGGCUUUUAUGUAACGCUUUACACUUUCAUGCUGCUUAUUGUUUUUAUUCUACUGAAAUAAAUGAAUUUCAUCAAAAUUCUCAACAAAUAUUUUU